AUGCAAAAGCGGCUGGUCCUAAGAAUAGCUAGGGCCUACAGGACCGUGGCGCGCGACGCCUUGGCGGUCCUCGAGGGGAUCCCCCCGCUGGAGCACGACGCCCUGGAGGAGUCUUUCGCCAAGGCCGAGGCCACCAGGCUCCGGGGGGAUGUUGUAACCCCGCAGCCCGCCAACCUCUUUAGAGAAGUGACCCGUCGGCGGGGCUUCCACGAAUGGCGCGACAGCCUGCGAAGUGACCCGCCGACCAAGGAGACCCGGACCACGGAGACCAUCCUCCCCUGCCUGGAGUGGGCCGGCAUGGGUUGGGGCGGACUUUCGUUCCACCUGACACAGGUGUUCACCGGCCACAGGUGCUUCGGUGAGUACCUGUGUCGCAUCGGGAAGGAGCCGACGACGCAGUGUCACCACUGCGACGAGCCUCGGGGCACCGCGCAGCACACGCUGGAGUUCUGUCCCACGUGGGCAGAAGAGCGCGGUGUCCUGAGGCGAGAAGUAGAAGAAGAUCUCUCCCUGACGGCAGUCGUUAGAGCCAUGGUCGGCAGGGAGGGAGCGUGGACGGCCGUCUCCUCUUUCUGCAGCAGCGGAAGGAAGAGGCGGAGAGAGGAAGGGAGAGGGCGCCGCGAGGCGGCCCCCAUCCGCCGCAGUCGCCGGAGAACGGCGGAAACGGCGGCGGAGAGGAUGAAGGUGUCGGGGGAGGAAUGA